AUGGAAUUAAGAAGUAAUGCUUAUGACGACAGAUUUCUCAUUCUGCUGACUAAAAUUUUCGAAAAUAAUAAAGAUCAUGAAGGAAUGGAAUUAAAUUUCAAAAAGGAAAAUAAACAAAGUCCCAAAAUACUUAGCUUUGCCCAUCCAUUUGCAGAUAAAUAUUUCAUGGCUAAAAGCGAUUCACGUCAUUGUCUUGUUUACACUCAAUGA